AUGUGGCUCUGGAAUGCUUGCUGGGCAUCCAGGCUGCUGCUGCUGUCCGCGGCCAGUGGUCUGGCGUCUGGCCUGUCACAGUUCCAGCGCCUCGAGUUGAACAAAAACCCCUGCCCGGGCGCCUGUGACCCCAGCGGGAAUAAUACAAAGUGGUUCACGUACCACAGCGUGGACGAGUUUGCCGCAUGCAACGAGCCAAUCUUGCUCAACCUUAACGUCUACACGCCCGUCGACGACGAUUCAACACACACCACAAUCCGCGCCUGUACCAUUGGCAACGCGCAUAGCAAGGUUAACUUUCUUGCGGUUUCCGGCUACGUAGCCCCUGAUGCCUUGGGCGCAACAAACUUUGGCCCGUCGUCUCUUCAGCGGCGGGAUGGCUCUGGCUCUACUGCAAGUGUCGCAUAUGGCGGAAGGCCGGCCGCUAAGUCCAAUGCUACGGCCUACCUGACACAGUGGGAGACCAGCGAUCGCCUCGGCAGCAAGGCAACCGAAGACGUGAUUCUGGCCGCAAAGGCUCUCCAACGGACUCUUAAGCAGGAGACCGCGAUCCACGGAAAGAAGAAGAUUAUCUUCGCCUAUCUCCACGGCACGCUCAUCGGUCUCUAUUCCGGGUCACAGGUCAAUUUGAUGCAGACCUCUGCGUCCAUGCUGGACCAGUUGAUCACGGCUCUUGAGGGCCAAGACUCGGACUCGGCCCCCUCGAGAAAGACCCUCGAGAUCUGCGGGGGGCACUGUACGGCAAGCCACAUCUUUGGCGUCGUUGGGGACGCAGGUGGUGAUUUUCGCGCCGUCCAGAGCAUUGUAAAGUCAUGGAACGACGGCGAGCUUCUGUCCGCCAAGUCCGUGGUGGAAACUGAGUCCGUUCCAAAGUCUUCCCUCUGGACGUUCGCCAGCAACAAUGCCACACAGCAUCGACGACGCAGUCAUGUGCGCCAUCUAAAUCCAAGAGCCGAGUGUCGCAGCAUCAGAGUCGACGGCAAAGACACGUGUCCCUCGCUGGCAACUCGAUGCGGCAUUGGAGGCACGGCGUUCGAGAACUUCAACAAGGGCACGCCAAACUUUUGCUCCACACUCCAGCCCGGCCAGCCUGUAUGCUGCUCGUCCGGUACGCUGCCAGAUGUCACGCCAGACCCAAACCCAGAUGGGUCCUGUACGUACCACGAGGUCCAAGACGGCGAAUACUGCAAUACGAUUGCCGCAACCUACGGGUUGACGACUGAUGAUCUGUAUGACUUUAACAAGAAGACGUGGGCCUGGGACGGCUGCGACAACCUCCCGUUGGGUCUGCGGAUCUGUGUCAGUGAAGGGUUCCCUCCCCUACCCGCAUCCGUGUGGAACGCUGAGUGCGGCCCAACGGUGCCGGACACGAAGCCUCCAAAGGAGGGCGAGGAGCUCGCCGAGAUGAACCCCUGCCCGCUGGAUGUCUGCUGUAACAUAUGGGGCAUGUGCGGCACCACGGUCGACUUUUGCAUACCGUCCAACUCCACGACUGGAAACCCCGGCACAUCGGCGCCCAAGGAAAACGGAUGCAUCGCCAACUGCGGAAUGAAGAUGGUGAACGAUGACAAACCGCCCGAGGUAUAUAAGAAGAUUGGCUAUUUCGAGGGCUGGAACUACAACCGCCCGUGUCUCACAAUGCACGUCGACGAUAUCGACGACGGCUACACACACGUUCACUUUGCAUUUGGCGAGUUCUCCUCCGGCAUGGAGGUGAUCAUCAAAGUUGAUGUUCAAGAGCAGUGGAAGGCCUUUAAAAAAGCCGACAGGAAAUACAAGAAGAUUCUGUCCUUUGGCGGGUGGGAAUUCUCCAAUGCUCCCGCCACGUCGGGUCUCUUCCGCCUGGCGGUAUCGCCAGAACAUAGGGAUACGUUUGCUGAGAAUGUCGUCAAGUUUGCUACCGACAAUGGCCUGGAUGGCCUUGACUUUGACUGGGAAUAUCCUGGCGCCACUGACAUUGAGGGGUCGGAUCCUGGAAAUGAGGAGGAUGGCGAGAAUUACCUCGAGUUCCUGAAGCUCGUACGUGAGAAGCUGCCCAAAGGCAAGUCACUUUCGAUUGCCACUGCAGCCUCCUUCUGGUAUCUCAAGGGCUUUCCUGUCAAGGAAAUGGCGCCGGUCCUGGACUACUUUAUCCAUAUGACGUAUGACUUUCAUGGUCAAUGGGAUGUGGGCAGGGAAUGGUCCAUGGAGGGAUGCCCAGCAGGGAACUGUCUACGGUCCCAUCUCAACUCAACGCAGACGCACGAUUCCCUAGUCAUGAUGACAAAGGCCGGCGUCCCAUCGCACAAGAUUGUCGUAGGCGUGACCAGCUACGGGAGAUCGUUCAAGAUGUCUGAUCCGACUUGCCGCGGCCCAAUGUGCACGUUUGUCGGCGAGAGAAAUGAUUCGCCUGCAAAGCCGGGCAGAUGCACGGGAACUGGCGGCUACAUCUCCAACUUCGAGAUUCUUGAAAUUAUCGAUAAAGGUGGUGCCAUCAAAAGCUGGUAUGACGAGGCAACUGAUUCGGACUAUCUGGUCUUUAAUUCCGUCGAGUGGGUGGCGUAUAUGACCGACAAGACCAAAGACCGCCGUCGCGGCCAGUACCAGGGCCUCAACUGUGGCGGUACAACUGACUGGGCUAUUGAUCUCCAGGGAGAAGGAAGACGUGCCAACACAGGCGAGCCUGUCUAUUUGGACCCCAUCGUAUACAAGGAGCCCGAUGCCUGGUGCGAAGCACCAUGUGUGCUGGUCUUCCCACCUAGCCAGCUUCACUCGCCAACGACCAUCGACCCGGGAGAGUACGUCACUUCGCUUCUCUACGGCACCACAACCGAAACUACCAAGAACCGCGAAACGGUCACCGCGUUCGUGACGCAGACGACGACAAUCACCAUUGACCUGCCCGUAAUCACGACCGACGAGUUAUCGUACUCCAACGUCAACAUCAGCCGGAAUCAAGACACCAGCUCGCUCUGGGUCGGGGUUAGCGUUCCUAUCGCACCCGUCACCGUGAGCCUGGACGACGGUGGGGGCGGCACAACCACACGUGUUCUUACCCUUCCUGCGUGGCCGGCUGUAACCAAAGGCCCACGGCCUGGUGGUGACGAUGAUGACAAUGACGAUGGCUCUGGAGAUGACGAGAACUGGGAAUUACCAAAUCCAAUUGAGACAACGGCCAAACCCGAGCCAGGGCCCACCGAGCCAACCCGGACGACCUUGCCUACUUGGCGAACAUAUCCACCUUACAUUGUCGAGCCUGUCAACGAGGAGGAUGACGGUGACGAUGACGACGACGACGACGGCGUUGUGAUUAUCACGAGCUGCAACCUAUGGUUUUUCAAUAUAUGUAUUGGAGGCAAAUUCAAGUCGAUUAAAUGGACUCUCCCUCCAGGCAUUUAUCCACCUGGUCCGCCGCCUCCAGAUAUCAUAGGUCCCCCUCCAAGCCCCAAAUUCACUAUCAACCCGCCGCUUCCCCCUUGGCCAAAAAUCACCGUCGGCCAUGACAAAAAGCUCACAUACAGCGACGAGCCGUCCUGUAAGACCGAGUCGGCAGAGCUCUGCUCCACGACGGUCACAAAGUCGGAGACUCUGGUCGGGACAAUCACGUCCACGGUCACUGCAACUGCGUCCGCCUGCGAGGCAAUCUACGGCUGCUCCUUGACAGACUGGUCCUCGACCACGACGACCACUCCAUCAGGUUGCGCCCAGCCCACGGCGACCGGCGGCGCAUAUGAGCCGCCAGAAAUCGGGUGUCCGGCUCCCGCCAUCGUCUACCCCAGGGACCCUGAGAACGUGGGCUCGAUCCCGAGCCUGCUUCAGGGGUAUGACGACUACGUGGAGCCCGACGUCUCGUACGCAUACUACUACGAGGAGAGAAACUACAGACUCGGAUUCCCCUUUACUCGGCAGGGAGAACUGAAAGACCGGGCCCUCCCCUCCCAUCCUGAGGCUCCAGUUAGCGCGGGUAGACCGGACGAGCUGCUAGAGGAUUUUGACCCCGAACUGGAUACCGACCCCAGCCCACUUAAUGACACGCUCCGGGUCGAGUUGCGGCGCGACAAGAGGCAGACAGGAUUCCAUGUGACUCGAAACACGCCCUAUUGGUCGCCUUCGCAAGUGUCCUUGCCAAGGGACAAGAAAUGGCGCUCGCAGGACAGCGGGAGCUACGACUACAACAGCGCCGGGUGGACAUAUAACUACGACUCGGCCACCGCGGUGGAUACAUAUGUGUACAUGGUUCACGAAGGUGGCAUUUGGCCGGAUCACAGUGAGUUCAGCCAAAGGAGCAUCGAGUACCUUGAAUCGGACCUCCUCAUCGGGCCCGAAAACCAGGAGGGGAUUGAUGCCAUUGAACAUGGGUCUGGAGUUGCUGCCCAUGUUAUUGGCAAUCAGCUUGGCAUUUGUCCAACGUGCACCUUGGUCGUGGCCACGCCCCGGUAUCCGAGUAAAGAAGUAGAGAACUGGUUUGAGUUUCCCAUUGAAGAGAUCAUUUUGCAACUCAUGAACGUACUGGAGGAUAUCAAGAGGAAGAACAGACAGGGCAAGGCGACCAUCAACAUGAGCUUUGGCUAUAAAAGCGCUGCCGUGCCACCUAUAUUUAUCGACAUGCUCCGGCGAAUACUACAAAUGCUUGAUGCGGAAGACGUCGUACUGGUCGCGGCGGCUGGCAACGACGGGGACAAUGACGGGAUCCCCAUUCAAUUAUAUCCUGCCAAAUUCGGGGACAGUCUUCCCAAUAUGAUCGUGGUUGCUGCGUCAAACUGGUGGGCCACGAGGGCCUCCUUCUCCAAUUACUCCCCUUUUGUCGCGACGUUUGCUCCCGGGGACAACGUCCACUGCCCAGGCGCUGGCAACACCAUGAAGACCUGCAGUGGCACUUCCUUUGCCGCCCCACAGGUCGCUGCGCUGGCCAAUUACUUCCGCGCAGUGCCGUCCCGCUGGCAGUCUCAGCUGAACAAGCCAGCUAACGUCAAGAAGCUCAUCCAGCUCUUUGCGCGCCGCUUCGCCGUUGACGGCCAGAGCGUCGACCCCGCAGAGAGGCGGCCGAUUAUUUGGAACGGCCAGGUCGGCGAGCACAGCUGCCUGCGCGACCCCGGGUCCUCGGAAGACUGGGCGCAGGCCUGCCCGGCCAUCCAAGACAACCUCAAAGACGAGCCAGUGAACCCGGGGCAGCCCGUGGAGCCUUGCGGCGCCGGCCAGAACGGCAACCCGGCAAGACGGCGGCGGCAGGACGGCGGCGGCGGUAGCUGCCCCCAUAUCCCCGGUGACAACGGCCCCGGCAAGAACAUCGACUGGGAAGAGGGCCCGUCGGCGCCCGAGUGCGGUAGCGACGAUAACUGCGGCGGAGAGCUUUGCAAGGGGUACUAUUGCGAUCCGGAUCCGGAGAUCAGCCAUCCGCCGGACUACUACGACCCCAAGGACCCCCAGAACCCUCAUGGCCAGCCCCCGCGGCCGCCCCAGGAACCAACUUCGACAACGACCGGCACACCACCAACGAAUACACCAGAGCCCCCCGUCGAAACAAUGUCAAUGUGUGUUGGUUCCUCAGUAACCCCUACGGGGGAAUUUCCCAUCUACGCCUACAGCGCUUAUUCGCCUGGUCUCCACUGCGACGGCGUCUUCAUCGUAGACGGCAAGAUCGGCUCAUCCCCAGAAAUCUGCGACGCGUCCAACGACAACUUCUCCUUCGAUAUCUGCCGCACCGAAUUUACCUUCGUAAAUGAAGGCCCUGAAUUUUUCUCCAAAUGCGGCUUCCAAAUCAUGAUUGAGGGCAAGAAGUAUACGCCUCGCCAGCUGGACCCCACGGAUGAGGAUAACCCUUGCUCGGGCAGCUGUGACCUGGCGUCGAUUUCGGGGCUUUUGUUGUAUGAGAGUUUACCUGCACCUGCUUGUGAUUGA